CACUCCACUUCAUUUCAGCUUUUGGAUCCUAACGUACUCAUGCUUGCCUCCCGCCUUGCAUUCUCCGCCCGUCGUGCCGCUAGUACGCGCGCCAUCUCGACCGUGACGCUCCCCGACCUUGCCUACGACUUUGGCGCGCUAGAGCCGUCCAUCUCGGGCCAGAUCAUGGAGAUCCACCACCAGAAGCACCACCAGACGUAUGUCAACAACUACAACGCCGCGCUUGAGCAGUACGCUGAGGCUGAGAGCAAGGGCGACCACGCCAAGCUGCUGACUCUCCUCCCUGUGCUUAAGUUUAACGGAGGUGGACACGUGAACCACUCUAUCUUCUGGACCAACCUGGCGCCCAAAAACCAGGGUGGAGGCGGCGAGCCUGAGGGCGAGCUGCGCAAGGCCAUUGACCAGGAGUUUGGUAGCUUCGAGAACUUUAAGAAAACUAUGGCUACCAAGUCGGCGGCUGUGCAGGGCUCCGGCUGGGGAUGGCUCGGAUACUCGCCCGAGACCAAGCACGUGGGCGUCGUGACCUCGCCUAACCAGGACCCGUGCUCCACCACUGGCUACGUGCCGCUGCUGGGCAUCGACGUGUGGGAGCACGCCUACUAUCUGCAAUACAAGAACGUCCGCCCGGACUACCUGAAGGCCAUUUGGGAGGUCGUCAACUGGAAGAACGUCGAGGAGCGUUACCUCGUGGCCAAGAAGUAAACACCUCAGGAAGAUCAUUGGCUAGCUACUGCGGUAAUACUACGUAGUAAUUACCAGAGCUCCCGAUAAUGGCAUUAAUCGCAUGUCAUGUUUUUUUU